AUGUCCAAGAUACCAAAACUACCAACAAUAUCAAAAGAAAAUAGAUUUGGACAAUUUCAUAAUCGGCCCAUAUCCAGAACUAUUGCUAAUGGUCUCAGUGAUGUUGAUAAGAAAAAUUUAAUCACUAAUCAUACUAGACCUUUACGAAAUGGCCCACCUGUUUCUGCUGCUGCACCUCGGAUUAAGAGAUCUGCAACUGCACCAUCAUCGACAACAAUUCCGAAUAAUGUGACAAAAGUUGAAAAAAGAUCAACUGUGGCUCCGAAAAUCCCUCCUUAUGACUUCAAAGCAAGAUUCAAUGACUUGUUAGAAAAACAUAAAAAAAUGAAGAGUGAGUUUACUGAUUUAAAAGACAAACAUUUAGAAGUCUCAGAUGAAUAUGAAAAGAUCAAAGAGACAUUCCAAAGCUGUAGCAAUGAAAGAGAUAUUCUUAAGGCCAAUUUAAGUGUUAAAACUUUAGAGUAUGAUGAAAUUAAAGUUAAUUUUGAUGUAAUGAAAACAGAAAAUGAAGAUCUACAACGUAAGACAAAGCUUCUAGAGGAAGUUACAUUUAGUCUUAAACAGAAAUCUUUUGAACUAGAUCAAGUUCAGACAGAUUUAAAUUCUUUAAGAAGACGCCACAGCAGCCUACAAGAAGAAGCAGAAGCACUAAGAGUACUCACUGACCAACUAAAAAAAAAAUGCAUUGAAUAUGACAAACUAAAAUUAGAUUUUACUGAAGCUCAGGAAAAUAUUAUCAAAUAUAAAACUGAUUCUGAAGCUCUCCAAAAUAUUUUGGCAUCAAUGUAUAAAGAGCAGAGAGACCUUAGGAAUGCUAUUCAAGAUUUAAAGGGUAACAUUCGUGUAUACUGCCGAAUUAGACCACCUCUAAGUAUUGAAAUAACAAAGCCACUGUUUAAUCUAAAUGUUGUUGAUGCUUGUUCUAUAGAAGUUGAAAAAAUAGAAUUACUUAAUUCAGCCAGAAAAACAAAACCACAAUUAUUUACUUUUGAUGGCAUAUUUACUCCACAUGCAUCUCAGGAAGAUGUUUUUGCAGAAGUUUCGUCAAUGGUCCAAUCGGCUUUAGAUGGGUAUAAUGUGUGCAUAUUUGCUUAUGGACAGACAGGAUCAGGCAAGACAUAUACAAUGGAAGGAGGUUGUGGAACCGAGCAGUAUGGUAUUAUACCACGAGCCUUUAACAUGAUUUUUACAUGCAUGGAAGAUUUGAAAAGAAUGGGCUGGGAACUUACAAUAAAAGCUUCAUUUUUAGAGAUUUACAAUGAAGUCAUAUAUGAUUUACUCAAUUCCAGUAAGGACCAGGAAAAUCAUGAAAUUAAAAUGGUUAAUUCAAAGGGUGGUGAUGUAUAUGUGUCAAACUUGAAAGAAGAAGAAGUCAAAAGUUCACACGAAUUCAUCAGGCUGAUGAUAUUUGCCCAAAGAAACAGACAAACUGCUGCUACAUUGAACAAUGAACGCAGCUCCAGAUCUCAUUCGGUGGCUCAAAUUAAAAUAGCUGCUAUAAAUGAGAAGCGAAAGGAAAAGUACACUAGUAAUUUAAAUCUAGUUGACUUAGCUGGGUCUGAAAGUGGAAAGACAACACAAAGAAUGGAUGAAACUAAACAUAUCAAUAGGUCUUUGUCUGAAUUAUCUAAAGUUAUUCUUUCCCUCCAAACAAAUCAGAUGCAUAUUCCUUACAGAAAUUCCAAAUUGACUCACUUAUUAAUGCCUAGUCUUGGUGGCAACUCUAAGACACUUAUGUUGGUCAAUAUCAAUCAAUUUGAUGAGUGCUUUAGUGAAACUUUGAAUUCGUUGAGGUUUGCUACAAAAGUCAAUAACUGUAGAGUAGUUAAGGCCAAGAAGAACCUAUGUAUGGUCGACACUU